AUGGGAUUUGAAGGUUUGUUGUGUGUGGAUAGAGUUGCAAUGGGAGGUGGUCUUGCUUUGCUGUGGCGUGACUCAGAUGCUGCUACGCUAAUGAGCUAUUCGAAUAAUUAUAUUGAUAUUACAGUAACGCUUCCGGGAGAGACUCCUUGGCGACUGACAUGUUUUUAUGGCUACCCGGAGAGGUCUCGAAGACAACAUACUUGGGAUUUACUUCGGGAGUUAAAGUCUCGUUCUAAUUUACCUUGGAUUGUGAUUGGAGAUUUUAACGAUAUUGCUAGUCAUGCUAAAAAGAGAGGGUCUGUUAACCACCUGGACAAUCUGAUUAGAGGUUUUAAUGAAGUGCUACAGGAUUGUGAGUUGUUUGACCUUGAUCCUCAAUGUCGUGAAGUGGUGGAAACCUCAUGGUUUCAAACGCUAGGAGGUGAUUUCCAGUACCGGUUAAAUUCAUGCAGUCAAGCACUCUGGAAGUGGGGUAGUGAACAUUUUAGAAAGUUUGGGAAAAAGGUGCAACAGCUAAGGGAGAAACUUGAGGCACUUCGAAAUUGCAGUUGCAUGCGUGACGUCGAGCAGUACCACAAUGUCGAAAGAGAGCUUUCCACUUUGCUCGCUCAAGAAGAACUGUAUUGGCGGCAGAGGUCAAAACAACUGUGGCUCAAGGAAGGUGACCAAAAUACCAAAUACUUCCACCAAUUUGCAAGUCAGAGGCGACGAUCCAAUCAAUUACGUCGACUUAAAAGAACGUCUGGGCAGUGGGUGGAAGGGACUGACAUGCACGCUGAAAUUAUGUCCUAUUAUAACUUUAUAUUUCAAAAGUCCGGUUGCAAUCCUGAGCUUCUUCAUAGAAUUCCAGGUCGUGUCACGCAUGAGAUGAAUACGGCUUUGUUACGCCCUAUUGAGCCAGAGGAGGUUAAGAACGCUGUUUUUUCAAUGGCUCCAGACAAGGCCCCGGGCCCAGAUGGAAUGACUCCUGCUUUCUACCAAUCUUUUUGGUCGGUUGUAGGAUCUGACCUUAUCAAUUUUGUAACGAGCUGUUUUGCUAAUUGUGUUUUUCCCCCGGGGGCUAAUGAUAUAAAUGUGGUACUCAUUCCUAAAAAGAAUAUCCCGGAGCGUGUUACCGACUUGAGGCCGAUUGCCCUUUGCAAUGUUGCAUAUAAAGUCAUCGCCAAAGUCCUUGCCAACCGAAUGAAGGAUUAUUUGGACACUAUUAUAUCACCGCCCCAAAGUGCAUUCAUCCCUGACAGGUUAAUCACUGAUAACAUUAUCGUUGCUGGGGAAGUUGGCCAUUUUCUUAAGCGGAAACGAGUGGGAAAUAUGGGCUGGGCGGCGCUCAAAUUGGACAUGGCAAAGGCGUACGACAGGAUGGAGUGGGACUUUCUUAAGGGCAUGCUAUCUGCUCUAGGUUUUGCACGUGAAUGGGUGGACUUAAUAAUGUUGUGCGUGUCUACAGUUAGAUACGAGAUUUUGGUAAAUGGCCAGCCUGUGGGUGCAGUUACUCCAACCCGUGGAAUUCGACAAGGGGAUCCUCUAUCUCCUUACUUGUUUAUAAUCUGUGCAGAAGGAUUAUCUAUGCUUUUACAGCAACAGGAAGCCAGGGGUUUAAUGCAUGGUGUGAGAGUGGCUCGGGGAGCUCCUACUGUCUGGCACCUUUUCUUCGCAGAUGACAGUCUUCUUUUUUUCCGGGCAGAUACAAAUGAAGCUCAGGAGGUAAAGAGAUGUUUGGAUUUGUAUUGUGCUUCAUCGGGCCAAUUAGUGAAUUAUGAUAAAUCCAGUAUCACUUUCAGUGUUAAUACAGUACCGGUCAUGUGUACUCAGGUAGCGGGGAUUUUUGGUGUUCAGCAGACCGCGGAUUUUGGUCGCUAUCUUGGCUUCCCUUCCUUUAUUGGGCGGAACAAGAAAGCAAUUUUCCGUUAUGUCGAGCAACGUAUGAGGGAUAGAAUUAACAGUUGGCACAAGCGAUUUUUGUCGAAAUCUGGCAAAGAGGUGCUAUUGAAGAGUGUAGCGCAAUCUAUGCCGAUAUUUACAAUGUCUGUGUUUCUGCUACCCUAUGGCAUAUGCGAAUCCAUUGAGCGAAUGAUGAAUCGGUACUGGUGGAGUAAAGGUACGAGCAAUUCAAGAGGUAUGCAUUGGGCUAGUUGGACUCGACUGGCAGCUCCUAAGUCUAUUGGGGGUAUGGGCUUCAAGAGGAUUCAUGAAUUUAACAUUGCUUUGCUUGCUAAACAGGGUUGGCGGCUUUUAGUUAAGCCUGAUUAUCUUGUUAGCAAAUUGCUCAAAGCUAGAUAUUAUCCAUCUGCCUCUUUUCUUGAUGCAACUCUUGGGCAUAAUCCAUCCUAUAUUUGGCGUAGCAUCUUAGCGGGGCAGGUAGUUCUUAGAGACGGGGUUGCUCGUCGUAUUGGUGAUGGGAAAGACACCUUGGUUUGGGAUUGUCCUUGGUUGGCUAAUAGUGUGGAUCCUUACAUCCGUACUGCAUGCAUGAAUGAGCUUCGUGAAACUCAUGUUUCCAAUCUAUUGGAUACUGACGGAACUUGGGAUUUGGAAUUACUGCAUGAUAUUUUUUAUGAACAGGACAUUCCUAGAAUUAUAAGCACACCAAUUUCUCUCACCCAUCGCGAUAUGUGGUACUGGAAAGGAGAUCUCAGGGGUAUUUAUUCUGUUAGGCAUGGUUACCGCCUGCUCACUAAUGGUCUGUUUGCUGAUUAUGAGACUAUGGAUUUCAAGGAGUGGAACAAGCUAUGGAGGUUGAAAACUCCACCUAAGGUGCGAAACCUUUUGUGGCGUGGGUUACGUAAUAUGCUACCUGUACGUGAGAAUCUUCGUAUGAAAGGUAUGGCUGUGAGUAGUAUCUGUCCUCUCUGUUGUGUAGUCCCUGAAACAAUCAACCAUCUUUUCUGGGAUUGUAUAAUUGCAGAUCAGCUUUGGUGCAGCUUUGGUAUAAUGAAAGGUUUGUCGUUUGUGGAGUUGGUGGAAAAAGCUUUGCAUGCGCAUGAGGAAAGACUCCCGAUCACAAUGGCAUCAUGUGUUUGGUCUAUUUGGACAGCCCGUAAUGAUUUACUUUGGAAUGGGAAGAGUUGUGAGGUGGCUGUGUUGAAGAGGAUGGCGAACUCACUGGUUGACUCUUGGCAGCAGGUAUACUCGAACUCAUCUCCCUCAUCUCUGCCUUUGAUCUCUCAACCAGCUAGUUGGAACCCCCCUCCACCUGGAAUGCUGAAAUGUAAUGUUGACGCGACUAUACUGGCUAAUGCAGCAGGUUUUGGAGCAGUCUUACGUGAUCAUGGAGGCCGGUUUAUAGCAGCUUAUGGUGGACUCCUUAAUUGUGCUCUUGAUCCCUAUGCCGCCGAGACAAUGGCUGUGAAUGAAGCUUUAACCUGGCGAUGCCGUAGCCUUGCAAAUGACAUUGGGAACGUGUUGGUUCGCCAUGUCAAGAGGUCAGUGAAUCACGUUGCUCAUGUGCUUGCACGGGCGACUGUUUCUCAAUCUGUCCUUGGAGUUUGGGAGUUUUCCCCACCUGAUUGUAUUUCGAAUUUCUUUGAUGAUCUAAUAUAG